AUGGCUAGUCCGCCAGUUCUAGCUUUCGAUGCCGAGGGCCGUCCAGUGAAGUUCGAAACCUGGCUCGAUGACCUGCACCUGUUCCUACAGCUCACUGCCAAGGAAGAUAUCUCACUGUACGACCACGCCCUAGGCCAUGCCACUGCCCCUGACUCGACUGCUGACAGCACUCUGCGUUCCCAGUGGCAGACCCGUGAUGCGCAUGCUCGCUUUGCUAUUCGCAACUCCCUGCCGCUAGACGAGCGCGAGCACUUCGGCCAGUGCAAGACUGCUAAGGACCUCUACACCGCUGUAGUUGCCCGCUACUCCUCACCCGCUUCUGCCACGCUAGGCCGCCUCACUCUCCCCUACCUGUUCCCCGACCUAGCCUCCUUUCACACUGUUGCAGACCUCAUCACCCACCUUAAGACUAGUGAGGCCCGCUUUCGCGCUGCUAUGCCUGCCGAGUUUCUCACUAGCAACCCCCCCCCACUCUGGAUCACUCUCUACCACAUCGUCACCCGCCUCCCUGACUCUCUGCGCGCAGUCAGGGACCACUUCCUCUCUCGCUCCCCCACUGAGCUCACUGUUGCCCUCCUCGAGAAGGAACUGCUUGCAGCUGAGGCGAGCAUCGUCGCUGUAGGCACCUCUCGUGGCGACCCCCGCACCCCGUUCUUUGAGGGGUGUUCCCCUUCCCCCCUCCUCCCCUCUGUCGCCUCUGCUGCUGCUGUCGACCUUCUUGGUGCUGAGAAGGUCGGGACCGCGUCUGCUUCGAGCGGGCGCCGCAGGAACAAGGGGGGCAGGGGUGGGGGUGGUGGCGGAGGAGGUGGGGGUGGAGGCGGUGGGAGUGGAGGCGCGGCUGGGGAGACUAGUGGCGGCAGUGGGGGAGGAGACAGCAGCGGUGGGAGUGGUGGCGGAGGCGACAGCGGAGGCGGAGGUGGUCGUGGCGGCGGCAGGGGUGGAGGUGGCCGGGGCGGCGGCGGUGGGGGUGGUGGUCGUGGAGGCACUGGCGGAGGGCAGAGUCAGCAGCCCGCCCCGACGCUUCAGGCCGCCCGUGAGUGGUAUGCGCAGCGUAGCGUUAUCUGCACGUACGUCAUUCGCACAGGUGACCGCAGCGGCCAGCAGUGUGGGAGACCGCACCCCACGCAGCGCUGCUUCGCGCGCCUUAACGACGCGUGGCGCACUCAGUUUCCUGCUGCCACUGAGCUGCCGCGCUGGGCUGAUCUGGAAAAGAGGGGUGUUGAUAUUUGGGCUUUAGACUUUGAUGCUAUUCUCACUGCCAUGUAUGCGAUGUCUAUUAGUGGAGAGGGUGCUCAGUACUUGCGUGUUCCGCCCGACCCGGGCAUUCAGGCCAGUCCGGCUGCCGCUCUAGGUGCUAGUGCGUCUGCUCCCACAGGUCCUGGUGAGGCUGCUGCUCUAGGUGCUAGUGAGUCCGUGCCCUCUGGUACUGAGUCGACUGCAGCACUGCACACCUUCACACUGGACUCAGGUGCUUCUCGCUGUUUCUUUCGUGACCGCACUGUCCUUGAGCCGCUUGCUCGGCCAGUUGCUGUCUCCCUCGCUGACCCCUCUGGGGGUCCGGUCGUUGCGACCUCCUCCACUGUUCUUCCUUGUCCUGCGGUCCCGUCAGGCACACUGUCAGGCCUCUACCUCCCCUCGUUCUCUACGAACUUGGUGGCAGGUAGUGCGCUCCAGGACGGGGGUGUUCACCAGUUCACCCCUGCUUACGAGCGCGUGACCCACUGCACGUGUGCUCGGACGGGCCGUCAUCUGGCUACCUUCACUCGGCAGCCGGGGUCGGACCUGUACACACUGACCACUGAGUCCCCUCAGGUAGCUGCGUCCGCGUCUGCGUCUGCGUCAGGUCAGCUGUCCGCCCCCUGCUCGUGUCGCUCUCUGGCGCAUGAGACUGUCCUCUGGCACCACCGCCUUGGUCACCCGUCUGUGCAGCGCCUUCGGGCCAUGCACAAACGGGACCUUGUUGCUGGUCUUCCCAGGGUUCUCCCUCCCCUCCCACCCUCGCCUGCUCCUUCCUGUCUUCCCUGUGUCGAGGGGCGGCAGCGCGCCGCUCCUCACUCCUCCUCCUUUCCCCCGACGACUGCUCCCUUGCAGACGCUCCACAUGGACGUGUGGGGCCCAGCCCGCGUCCGUGGUCAGGGUCAGGAGAGGUACUUCCUGAUUGUUGUUGACGACUUCUCGCGCUACACCACGGUCUUCCCCUUGCGCGCCAAGGGUGACGUCCCUGAUGUCUUGAUCCCUUGGAUCCGCAGAUCUCGUCUCCAGCUCCGUGAGCGUUUCCGCUCCGACUUCCCUGUCCUGCGUCUGCACUCUGACAGAGGUGGGGAGUUUUCCUCUGGCCUAUUGGAGGCCUUCUGUCAGCAGGAGGGCAUUGAGCAGUCGUACACGCUUCCGGCCUCUCCACAGCAGAAUGGGGUUGCUGAGCGCCGCAUUGGUCUGGUCAUGGAGCUCAACCUCUGGCCCCGUGUCUCCUUGCCCGAGACUUCUCCGACACUGCGUUGGACGGGAGAGGCUGGCGAUGCGUCGCGUUUUCGGGUCUGGGGAUCUCGAGCUUUUGUCCGCGACACGUCCGCGGACAAGCUCUCCCGUCGCGCUGUCCCCUGCGUCUUCCUUGGCUUUGUCCCGGACGCCCCUGGCUGGCAGUUCUACCACCCCACCUCGCGUCGUGUCCUGGCCUCUCAGGACGUCACUUUUGACGAGUCCGUCCCCUACUACCGCCUCUUCCCCUACCGCACUGCCCCGCUCCCCCCCCGCCUCUCUUCCUCGCUCCAGGUAGACCCGGGUGAGCCUGUCGAGGUAGCUGUUGACUCUCGUCCUGCUAGGGGUGCUGAGCCUGGGGGUGCUGCGUCUGGGGGUGCUGAGCCUGGGGGUGCUGCGUCUGGGGGUGCUGAGCCUGGGAGUGCUGAGUCUGGGGGUGCGGAGCCUGGGGGUGCUGAGCCAGGAGGUGCGGAGCCUGGAGGUGCUGAGCCUGGGGGUGCUGAGUCUGGGGGUGCUGAGCCUGUGCGUGCUACACCUGGAGGAGCCCUCUCCUCCCAGCAGCUGCAGGAGAGGUACCUCGAGUACUGCCGCCUCCGGAGAGGUGCUACUGGAGCUCGUCCCGGUACUUCCCCUCCUACCCAGGAGCUCCCCCCCAUUCAGCAGAUCCGCGAGUGGUACACACGGCGCUGCAGUCUUCGGAGUGGUGCUCCUGGUGCUGCGGACCCUGGGGGUGGCGCUGCUGCUGGUGCUGAGGACCCGGACGUUGGAGCUGCUGCUGGUGCUGCGGACCCGCCUGGUGGAGCUGCUGCUGGUGCUGAGGACUCGGACGUUGGAGCUGCUGCUGGAGCUGAGGACCCGGGCGGUGGCGCUGCUGCUGGUGCUGAGGACCCGGACGGUGGAGCUGCUGCUGGUGCUGAGGACUCGGACGGUGGAGCUGCUGCUGGUGCUGAGGACUCGGACGGUGGAGCUGCUGCUGGAGCUGAGGACCCGAGCGGUGGCGCUGCUGCUGCUGCUGAGGACCCGGGCGUUGGAGCUACUACUGGUGCUGAGGACCCGGCCGGUGGAGCUGCUGCUGGUGCUGUGGACCCGGACGCUGGAGCUCCUACUGGUACUGAGGACCCGGCCGCUGGAGUCUCCUCUGCUUCUGGAGACGCUGCGCGGCCGCGACCGUACUUCGUACCGCUCCUUCAGCAGGUUCUUGGGCAGGCUCCUCCUCCCUGUCCUCCUCCCUCCGUAGAGUGUCCCCCGCCUGUCCAGCCGCAGUCACAGUUACCGCCUACCUCGCCUCUCCCUGCUCCCUCUCCUUACACUGGUCCCACAGGAGGUCUUACAGAGCGUCGUGAGCCUGAGUCUCGUCCUGCGUCGCCUGUUCGUCCUGCUUGCACUGGUAGUCGUGUCCGUCGUGAGCGUCCUCCUCCUGUCCCAGGCACUCACUACAUGACUCUGCGUCCCUCUACUGCUCCUCAGCGUGUCCCUCUACCGUCUCCUCCUGCGUCCUCUUUGCCUGACGUUCCGGACCCUGAGUCUGACCGGUAUCGUGCUGAGCACCCUACUGUCACGCGUCUCCUUGCUACUGUUGUCACUGACCCUACCUUUGAGUCCUCGGCUGCGUCUGCUCUGGUCGCUGAGUUGGUUGACUUUGCUGCUGCCUGUCGUCUAGACUACGCUGCUAGCCUUGUUGCUGAGUCUGAGUCUGAGUCUGUCUGUCCUCCGUCCGUCGGGGGUGAGUGUGCUCUUGGCACGGACGUCCUUGAGGACAGACAGGAGGAGUUCCAGUGUCUUGCUGCUGCUUUGCCCCAUCUCGUGUCCUUGCUAGUUGCCCCUGAGGGAGACCCGGAUGCACCAGACAUCCCGACCCCGCGCACUUACGCUGAGGCGAUGGCGGGUCCCUACUCCUCUCAGUGGCAGACAGCCAUGGACGCCGAGAUGGCUUCCUGGAAGUCCACACGCACCUACGUCGACGAGGUUCCCCCUCCUGGGGCGAACAUCGUCAGUGGCAUGUGGAUUUUCAGGGUGAAGCGGCCGCCGGGUUCUCCGCCUGUCUUCAAGGCGCGUUACGUGGCUCGAGGCUUCAGUCAGCGAGAGGGAGUUGACUUCUUCCAGACCUUCUCCCCCACCCCGAAGAUGACUACUCUUCGGGUGCUGCUGCACAUAGCCGCUCAGCGCGACUACGAGCUUCACUCACUUGACUUCAGCACUGCUUUCUUGCAGGGCAGCCUGCACGAGGAGAUCUGGCUGCGCCGCCCACCUGGCUUCACUGGGUCGUUUCCUCCUGGUACCCAGUGGAGGCUUCAGCGGCCGGUCUACGGUCUCCGCCAGGCUCCGCGUGAGUGGCACGACACACUGAGGACUACACUUGCGGCUCUUGGGUUCGCGCCUUCUACAGCUGACCCGUCGCUGUUCCUGCGCACCGACACUUUGCUGCCGCCGUUCUACAUCCUCGUGUACGUCGACGACUUGGUCUUUGCCACUGCUGACACUGCAGGACUCGCUCACGUGAAGUCGGAGCUGCAGAGGAGACACACGUGCACAGACCUGGGUGAGCUGACAAGCUAUCUUGGCUUGCGGAUCACCCGGGACAGAGCACGGCGCACCAUCACCCUGACUCAGUCACACAUGGUGCAGCAGGUUCUCCAGCGCUUCCGCUUCACGUACUCCUCGCCUCAGUCCACUCUUCUGCCUACCGGUCACUCGCUCUCAGCUCUGCCUUCGGAUGAGUCCGUAGAGCCGAGUGGCCCGUAUCCAGAACUUGUGGGCUGCCUCAUGUACCUGAUGACCUGCACUCGACCUGACCUUGCAUACCCUCUUAGCAUCCUUGCACGCUAUGUCGCUCCUGGCCGUCACAGGAAGGAGCACAUGGAUGCCGCUAAGAGGGUGUUGCGCUACUUGUGCAGUACGUCGGGCAUGGGGCUUGUGCUUGGAGGGCGAGACCGAGUUGUUCUCACAGGGCACUCAGACGCUUCUUGGGCAGACGACCAGGCCACUCAGCGGUCGUCUCAGGGUUACACCUUCAGCCUUGGCUCUGGCUCAGUUUCUUGGCGCUCUACGCGCUCUUCUUCUGUUCUCGGCUCCAGUUGUGAGGCUGAGAUCUACGCCACAGCCAUGGCUGCUCAGGAGCUACGCUGGCUGACCUACCUGCUGACCGACCUCGGAGAGCGGCCUCGUUCUCCUCCAGUGCUGUACGUCGACAACAAGGCUGCCAUUGCCUUGUGUGAGGAGCACAGACUGGAGCACAGAACGAAGCACAUCGCCCUGCGGUACUUCCUUGCUCGAGAGUUGCAGCAGCGUGGUCAGCUUUGUAUUCGCUACGUGGCCACUGAGGCCAACACUGCUGAUGUGUUCACCAAGGCGCUUCAGCCUCGUGACCAUCAGCGCUUCUGCACUCUACUAGGCCUUGUGCCUACUGGACCUCACUUGCUUACCUCUUGA